AGGGAUCGGUCAUUCCGCGGCCGGAGUGGGUGCACGCAUCUUCGUUCCCAAAAUAACGACUUUUUGUGUUAAGGUUACUUAAUUCUUCGUUGGAACUUGAACUAGUAGUAUUGAGUUCAAUCUCGGAGGGGGUGAACGUUAGUUAACUUCUCUCGUCCAGUUAGCACAACUCCAUAAGUGCCAUGUAUCCGGAUGCAGUCAAAGUGAUGCAGUUUGUCCUGAGUCUGGCGCUGGUUGCAUCGUCUGAGGCAUUCUUCUUAAAAUGGGGCUCGGAUUCUUCAAGCCAGUCAUCCGCUCAGAAGACGUGGGUGCAGCCACUACCACCAAACAUGUCGCCAGGCUACCGGUACCAGUAUACGUACACGCCGUACGAGCCUCGCAAGGUCUACCAGAUCCAGCCCCCGCAGUACUCGCAGCCCGAGGUGGUGCAGCAGAACCUGGCGCCAAUCCCUAUCAGUGUGCCAGCCGGGGCCAGCCUCACGCCCGUGUCUCUCCAACACGUCCAGCUGGUGCCGUGCAUGUGUCCUGUCGCUCCCGAGGAAGCUGAGAAACUCCAGGAGCAAGUCGGCCCUGGCCCCUACAUGCCACAGACAUACAGCCAGCCGGCCUACACUGUCCCACAACAAGCCCCCUCAGACAAUGGUCAAAAUCCCAAUAAACAGUAGUACGCAAAUAAGCUUAAGCGUCAAGUUAUCCCACCAAUGACUGGACUCAUUUAAACUAUAAUUUAUUUCAUUGAAAUAUUACUAUUUAAUUUAUCGUCUUGAAGGAAAAACAUCAUUUUCAGGUAUCUUUUUAUAUCUGAAAACCCAUUAUUUGCUAUUGCAUGAGGUUUUUUCUUCAAAAUAUUACGAAGACUGAUAGACUAAGAACACGUGAACGUGUGUUCAUUUAUUCUAAUAAAAGAUAACCGUA